AUGCAACAAGUCUUCCAUCAAUCUUCAACCCAGACGACGACAUCAUCACGGAGCACUAGCGCGACCUCUCCUUCCUCUCCCAAUCAUGGAUUCCAGGCAAAUCAUACCCCGGACUCAGCUUCCCAGCUGCAUUCCCCAAACCCUCGAAGCCCAUCCGUUACCUCUGAUGCGGCCUCAGGUGUUUCUGGCGAAGCAUGGCUUGGCGGCAUCGACAUCGAGAAUUUCAAUGAACGCCUUCGCAGACUAAAUGUUGUGGAUCGCUCUCCGGGGGGACAACGUCGUGCUCUUGGACAACGCGUCUCCGAACAUGAGAAUGCUCUCGUUCCCGUAGUCGCUACUCCAAGACGCCGCGUAGGCUUCAAAGUCAUUAAACGCGUCGGCGACGCCCCUCCUGACGGGCCCAAGAUUACGGAUUUCCCAAAUGAGGUCUUGACCCAUAUCCUGUCGUAUCUGCAUCCCGACUCCUACGCCGCCAUGGCUCUCGUCUCGAAGCAGUUCUACACAUUAGUCAAGACCCCUCAUGCUUGGAAAAUAGCGUUCCAGCGACUGUAUUCCAACAAGUCGUCGGUCCUCGCUGCCGAUGACGACUUUGACCCGGUCUGGGAGGACCAAGGAAAUGACGUCACUCCCAGCAAUCUGCGAUAUUUCACGCGCUUGACAGGCAAUGCAACCUGGCAAAGUGAAUAUAUCCUGCGCAGCCAGCUCCUUCGCGGCCUUGUGAACGGCCGCCCAUCAGGCUCUGUCGACAGCUCCGGGCGUCUCGUAAAGAGGUUCAAUGCUGUUUUGACGUAUGACUCGAGGAUUCCCUGCGUGGUAACCAACAUUUACGCAGAUUUCACCAGUCAGAAGGGCCCUCAAAAAGUAAUCCAUGGCGGUGCCGAUCUUGGCGUCGGCUCCAUGAGCAAUCCCAUGACAGGCAAAAUCGACAAAUGGGGCCUUGCUGAUGUCCAUACCCUCGCUCAAGUCGAGGAACUUUUCCCGACGUUGCCCUUGUACGGUGUUGCGGAAGGCCCAGCGGGAUUGCCGAAUGUCAUGGACGUUAGUCCGACGUACGGCUUCAUCGUAGGUGAAGGAUUUCCGGGGGGAUAUCCUUACUUCCGGCCCAGUGUUGGGCACCGUGCAAGAUAUGUCGAUCAUGGCAUUCAGCCAGCGUCCGCUUUCGCCGAAGUACCUGCUCCCUCUGCGGACGAAGCCAUCUCAAGUGUCUGGAUUGCCAAGUAUAGCAAUGUUCCUAUGCUGACCCACACGAUGGUUGGAAUGAUGACCGGGUCCACCACUGGCAUUAUGACGUCGUAUUCUCUGGGUCGUGAAACCGCUCGUCGAAGGUUUCAGGAUGGAGAUAUGGCAUGUCGGUGGGCUCUGAGCCCCGGGGUCCCCAUCAUUGCCCUGAAGGUCGACGAGAACUACACAUUUGCUCGACGGGCUGCCGGCCGAGUGUGGGCUGUUGCCCUCAAUGCCCUGGGUGAAGUUUUUUACCUCAAGGACAUCCCCGAGCCCGUCGGCCGAUCCGUGGACGAAGAGAAUAUGGUUCGAAAUGCGUGGUUGUCUGGGAGAUCCGUUGAAUGGCAUCUUCUAGAGUCUACCCGCCGCAAGCCUCGGUCUCAAUAUGAUCAGAAUGGCAGCCCGAUAGCCGAACCUACCCUCAGAGGGCCUCGCUCUUCCUCCAACUUCAUGAAUCUCAGCACCGAAGACUGGGAAAGUGAGGCUCUUGGUAUCGGUCAAUGGAGCAGCCGUCGGCCAAUGCACUUUCGAGAUACCUAUCAAGGUUGGGAUAUGCGAAGGCGACUAGAGGUGGACUUUGCCGCCGAUGAUGGUAAUGACGCUGGUGAGGCCAUCUUUGUAAUUGAUUGCGGUUAUGGCAAAGAUCAGCCUGCCCGUGUCCAACGGUAUGCUAGGGCGUUCUCGCAAGGUGGUCCACGCACCACUACCAAGUAUUCAGCAAAAUCUCGCGUUUCCGGAGCCGAUACUUGGUCAAUGACUGCGGCUUCCCUUCGCUGCGAUUCACUUAUUCGAAUUACAUCAUCAGCGCUGGACACGUCCAACUGUGCUCUCUCAACUCUGUCUGAGGACCCCCUUGUUGCCCUCAACUCAAAAGCCUCGGCGUCCUCAAGCACCACAGCCGACCAUGCCGAGAUACCUGGCGACAGAGCCCGGCUCUUAGCAGUAGGCACUGACAAGGGUACUGUAAUGAUCUGGAAUGGCCGAGAUCCCAGUAGUUCAAGUCUGUCUUUGGUCAAGCUCAUCCACACCGACUCUCCUGAGGUCUCCUCCCUAGCUCUGACAGCUCUGUAUCUUGUUCAUGGUGGCAGCGAUGGCCUUGUCCAGGCGUGGGAUCCACUCUCUGCUAACAAGGCGGCGAUUCGAACCAUCAACACGAGAUCGGGAAAUCGGGUACCUCGCCAUCUAGCCCAUAUCAACCCAGCACUACGAAACCACCAAUACUCGGCUGCAACAUCCAUUUGCCUACAUCCGGAUCCGACAAAGUUGUGUGGCGUCGUUGCCUUUGGCGCCUUUAUUCGAUCUUGGUCCUAUGGCUCGGCCGCACACCCCUCAGGCCGGAAGCGGUCCAAGGGGGGCCUAGAUCGUGCGGGUCUCGACGAUCUCGACCAGGAAUCAGAGCGCAAUCAGUGGCUGAAAGCGAAGUUUGGCCCCGGCGAGUUGGGUGACUUGACAGAAGAAGAGUCGUUACUCUACGCUCUCAUGAUGUCUGAGGAGUCUUUCGUCCAGGACGAGAUUCGACGUGCGACCAGCGACACGGGUUCUUUCACUGGAGAUGGCUUUGAGUCUGCGUCGUCUUCCUUUAGCACGGUGGCAGGUAAUACUGGCGAAGUGGACAUUGAUGCCCUCACCGCGGAAGCAUCCGCGGCCUCGGAUGACUUUUCAGCCGACUUUUACGAGAGUGGUGAUCCCUUUGUGGAUGACUACUUUGGCGGGGUCCCAGCCAGUACGAGCAGCAGCCCUGGGGAGUUUGGGUUCCCCAUUACGUACAAGAAAAGGGGCAAGAAGUCGAAGAAACCAGCAACCGGGAACAGGGGCGGUUCACCUCCCUAA